AAUUUCCGUUUCCUGUCUACCUUCCACUCCUUCAAAUUCAACCCAGUUCUGUUACCUCCCUCCAGUCUACCUUGAAGUUCCAUCAAUGGCGACCGAAUCACCACCAAACCCUAAGCCUCAACCCCAAACAGAUUCCUUGAUCCUCUUCUCCGGUCCUUCCUCUUUUCAACCCCAACCACCACCUCCGUCGCCGGAAACUCCACCGGCGGCCUCUCAAACACGGUCAUUUGGACUAUUUUCUUUUCAAAAAAGACCUUCGUUGAGGGUAACAACAGAGUUUGACAGUGAUAGCUCAAUAUUCUUCCAUAAAGUUUCAUCGAAGCUAUUCAAUGGCAUUGCAAAGCUCAAAUUCUCUUUCCAAAAUAAUCCAAAGGGAGAGAUCGCCGACCCUCAGGUCGCGAUUAUUACUAAACAUCUUGCUCUUCAUUAUGAUGUUGAGGAUCAGAAUGCUCUUGUUAAAGGUUUUCUUGAUGUUGGUCCUAAUCUUAAACUCAAAGCUUCUCAUGAUGUGAAGGCAAAGGAGGGAGAAGUUACAUUGGCUGCAAAUCUUUCUGAUCCAGUUUACAAAAUCGAAUUGUCAUCUACUGUUCCAUCCAUUGGUUUGCCGAAAGCAACUUUUAAGUUUCCUUGUGGUGAAGUUUCAUUAGAGGAGAAAGAGGAUGAUGAAGUGAAGAGAGUUUUGUCAAUAAAUGGUUUUGUGAAAGGUUCAAUUCUUAAUGGGAUUGGAUCUGCCUUUUACAGAGAUGAAAGUUUGAAUCUAAGAUAUUCUUAUAAGGAUGGUGAAAUGUCCUUUAUUCCAAGUAUUUCUUUGCCUUCAAAUGCUGUUUCAUUUGCUUUCAAGCGACGCUUUAGUCCUUCAGACAAAUUAAGUUACUGGUACAACUUUGAUACAAAUUAUUGGAGUACUGCAUACAAGCACACCGUUGGCGAGGAUUAUAAGUUCAAAGCUGGGUAUGAUUCUGAGGUCAGGCUUGGCUGGGCAUCACUUUGGGUUGGAAAUGAAGGUGGAAAAGCUAAAACUGCACCAAUGAAAACGAAAGUGCAGUUCAUGCUUCAAGUGCCUCAGGACGACAUAAAGUCUUCAGCUUUGAUGUUUCGAGUGAAGAAGAGAUGGGAUAUAUGACGUAGUUUGAGCUGGACUUACGUCUCCUUUCCUUUUUUUAUUUUGAAAUAGCGUUUCAUCUUUUCCAGCUCCAAAUGGAAUUAGAGAAGUUAAUCUAUAGGUGUUUUUGUUUCUGCAUAUACAACUCUUGUAAUCUGUUGAUGUGUAUCAACAAAUUGGCACUUAAAUUAUGUUAUCUGUGGAAAGCUGAGAAAUUUCGGUACAUAAUUGGAUGCAUGUAUCCACUAUCCAUCAUAAAGAAGUGUAAAUGAAUUCCAAUCAUGCAAAGUUUGUAAUCUAGAUUUCAAUCUUUCCUUCCUAAAUCCUUAUGUUA